AUGUUUCCUCAAACGAUUCAACAGACAACAGUUGUUGAAAAGCAAUUUAUUGACAGCACUGUUGACAUGUUAUACAAAGAAGCAAUGUUUAUGCAGAAAUGUUCCCACAGAUGUAUCCCAUUGCUUCCAGGGGUCCAACUGGAGAAGAAACCAAUCUCCCUGAUAAUACAAUUUAUUGGGGAGAACAGUAAGUCCAUUACAAUCUUCAAAUUGUUGUUUGAUCCACUCUAUCAACAACAAGCUUCAAACAUGUCAACAAAAACACGACUCUGCAUAUGUUAUGACAUUGCUGGUGCACUUGACCACAUGCACCAAAGAGGAUAUAUCCACUGUGACCUAAAGUCCAAUAAUGUGUUGGUUGCUGAAAAUAAGGGAUAUCUUAUUGACUUCAGGAAAGUUUGUGAGAUCUCUCGACCAAAGGCGAAGAAAUAUAGGGAUGUUUAUAGACCUAUUCAUAUAUUCACAUUACAAAGUUUUAUUUUUAUGUAUUUGCAAUAUAUUCGCAUAGAAAGAAAGAGCAAUCUGGAGAAACUUGGAAGAGUUGGAUUGCGCGUUAUAGGUUGA